CUCUUCUCUCUCUCUGGAGCUUUAAGCUUCCAGGACGCCUUCGUUGUUCUCUAAGAAUUUCUGGUACUUCUUUCAUGAGAGUUGAAUCCACUUCAGAUGGUUCAAGAAAUGAUGGACUCAAAAUUCACUGGACAUGGACUGGGAAUACUGAAAAUGGCUUGCCUGCCUCUGAUAAGCAAUUUCUGGUAACUGUAAAGAAGACAAGAUGCAGAAUGAAAAUCGAAGCAGGGUGCCCACAUCUUUGGGAAAUUCUUCAUUACCAAAAGAGAGAGAAUCUGUUAUUAAUGCCAUUGAGGUUUCUGGCAUCAAGAGACCACCAUCUGAGUGCUUGGCGAGUCUCCCUGAAGACCACUCUCGCAGAAUUGAUGCAACAACUGGCCAUUUCGUGUAUGUUCGUAGAAAAUCUGAAGCAGUACUAAGAAAGAGCAACACUUGCGACAACCGAAGCAACAAUGCUCAUUGUCCACAUAUGGGGCAACUUGGCCACAAUGAGGAGACGACCCAGUUGAUGCACACGCUAUCUAGAAAACCUACUGAUCCUCCUCUUGGAAAGACUGGCAACAGGCUACCCCCAGCAGAAGCCAAUUAUCCUCCCAUUACUUCUGCUAUCCCUUUUUUGGAUAAUCCAAGGGGAAUGAAAAGUCAGCAUUGGGAAGAACGUAAUCUUCAAUUGCAGAGAUUGUUGAGGAAAUUAGACCAAUCAAAUCAAGAGGAUUAUCUCCAGAUGCUUCGCUCCUUAUCCUCCAUUGAACUUAGCAGACAUGCUGUAAAGUUGGAAAGGAGAUCAAUUCAGCUUUCACUGGAGGAAGGUAAAGAGUUGCAGCGAGUUGGAGCUUUGAACAUACUGGAAAAACUAUGAUUUCUUCAGACCAAUCUAUACCAUACAGAGAAGUGAGGCACCAUGAUGAAGAGCAGACCAACCUGGGUUUUAUUUGUCUGCCUGCCCUUGUGGGUGGGUUCAAUCCCAUUCCUUCUUGUUUCUUUCCCUUGCCUUUCUGCAAUGGCCAUCUCCCCAUUAGUUAUAGCUGAUACACUGUCUCAUUUUUGUUAUGAGGAUGUUCAUAAACUAAUAUUAACUCUUUCUUAACCA